AUGACAGUUGCUUAUGAGGCUCAUCAAAAUGGCGUCGCUAAAAGUUGGCACAAAUCAAUCAUGACACAAACCACCGAAGUCUCAGUUAAAGCAAGUGCUUCUGAUUUGAUGUGCAAUGAGUCUGUGGUGUUCGUAGUGCUUUUACCAAAUGCCAUUCUCACGAAACCUGCUGCGUUGUUGGAUUGGUUUGGAUGCGCCGCGUAUGCAUUGAUAUUCAAACCAAUCAGGCAAACCAAGCUUGGUGAUACAAGUGUUCUCAGGGCUUCUGCUCGCUACGAAAUGCUUAGAAAGACCUUCCAUUUAAAGGACUAUCUUACCAGCUGUGUUGAUGGUAGACGUUCUUCUUGCUUUGAUAAAAGCAAAUUUUCUAUUAAAGAUCCAUCGUUAGCGGCAUUGGAGCUCACACCUCCAUCUGCCGGUAGGACGGAUAAUAAGACCACUACUACAAAUGGUGAAAAUUACAUUUUUGCAACUACUUCAGACUAUAGCUCUAAAAGGAACUCCAAUCAUGAUGCUAAGUGUUUUCCAUUAGUUCAAAAUGAUGACGUGAAAACAGUUGCCAAUGAAAAAAAAGGUUGUUGA